AUGCUGUGUUUACGCUGCCCUCGAGGGCUCGCUACCGUCCUCAAGCCCGCGUCAAUAUCACAAAGUACACAAAAUUCGGCCAUCCAGGCUCCACUCAAAAGAACACUCACCUCCUUCCACGGUCCCUCACGCCCGAGUCUCCUCCCCCCCUCCAUCGCCUUCCGUCCAUCACCAUCUGCCCUCCUCUCCACGCCGCUAGCGCCCGCCUCCUCCUCCUCUACCUCUACCUCUCCCUCCGGCUGCGCGAUCCUGGAUCUCCUCCCUAAGAUCUCAGCUCACCCCGCCCUCGGCAGCAUCCAGAUCCGCUGCGGCCCGCGGGAUACCUUUGACCCGAGUCAUUUUGUGCGCAAGCGGAGACACGGGUUCUUGAGUCGGGUUAAGACGAGGAAGGGGAGGGCGUUGCUGAAGAGGAGGAAGGCGAAGGGGAGGACGACGUUGAGUCAUUAG